CUUCAGAAGUGUUUCCUUUGGGAAGGAAAGACCACAGCCCACUCCAGGAGCGGCGAACGGACAGGAGCAACGAACGGAUCUAUGGCCUAGCGUCUCCUCACGCGCUCCUUUCAUCUGAAAACUGAGAGAGGUUUCUGAAGACAAUAAAGCAACAGUAGGUUAGAGGAAGAAAGAACUUGAUUGGUUGAUGCUUGUUUCCCUUCUCUAAAAUGUUGGCUCUUUUUUGAAGUUACGUUUACUGAUUUCUGGGAGCACCCCCCCGGCCCAUCGCGUUCACCUGAUGGUCCUGGAGGACUUUUCUUCUUCACAAGAGUUGUUGUCGCACAGCCCACUAACCCCUGGACGUUGACAGCAACCUUUCCAGACCCUCAUCGCGUUCAUAGUUCUCUCUCUUUCGUUUCUGAGUGAAAACUACAAAAAUAAGCGAGAAACACCGCGCCACUUACGCACCGAACAUCUCUCUUUAGUCUGUGUGAUCAAAAGCAACGGGGAAGGAAUAAAAAGGACGCGAGAGGGACAGGGAGCGAGAGGCACAUAUUGUGACGGGAGGAGGAAACGUGCGUUUUGAUGUUUGGGAUCCAGGAGAACAUCCAGAGGAGCGGGAGUGUUAUUAAAGAAGAGCCCUUGUUGACCGGGAUGAACGCCGUGCGGAGCUGGAUGCAUGGCGCCGGGCUGCUGGACGCAAACACAGCCGCCCAGAGCGGAGUGGCUCUAGCCCGGGGACAUUUCGAGAAACAACCGCCCUCCAACCUUCGCAAGUCCAACUUCUUCCACUUCGUGCUGGCUCUGUACGACAGACAAGGGCAGCCGGUGGAGAUAGAGAGAACCAGCUUCGUUGGAUUUGUUGAAAAGGAAAAGGAAACGUCAGGGGAAAAGACCAACAAUGGGAUACAGUACAGGCUACUGCUCCUAUACAGCAAUGGUAUCAGGACAGAACAAGACUUUUACGUGCGCCUCAUCGAUUCCAUGACCAAACAGGCGAUCACCUAUGAGGGACAGGAUAAGAACCCUGAAAUGUGUCGGGUUUUAAUGACUCAUGAGAUCAUGUGCAGUCGGUGUUGUGAUAAGAAGAGUUGUGGCAACAGAAAUGAGACACCCUCUGACCCCGUCAUCAUUGACAGGUUCUUCCUCAAGUUCUUCCUGAAGUGCAACCAGAACUGUCUGAAGAACGCAGGGAACCCACGAGACAUGAGGCGCUUUCAGGUGGUCGUGUCUACCACGGUGAGUGUGGACGGUCAUGUCCUCUCUGUCUCUGACAACAUCUUUGUCCACAACAACUCUAAACACGGUCGCCGGGCCAGGAGAUUAGACCCCUCAGAAGGAACACCCUCGUACCUGGAGCAUGCCACCCCCUGUAUCAAGGCAAUCAGCCCCAGUGAGGGCUGGACAACAGGCGGGGCCACAGUCAUUAUCAUAGGAGAAAACUUCUUUGAUGGACUCCAGGUCAUAUUUGGUACCAUGCUAGUCUGGAGUGAGCUGAUCACAGCCCACGCCAUCCGGGUGCAGACUCCCCCCAGACACAUCCCCGGGGUCGUAGAGGUCACGCUGUCAUACAAGUCGAAACAGUUCUGCAAGGGCACACCUGGAUGCUACAUAUACACAGCGUUGAAUGAGCCCACUAUAGAUUACGGCUUCCAGAGGUUACAGAAAGUCAUCCCCAGACAUCCAGGAGACCAGGAGAGACUACCUAAGGAAGUCAUUCUAAAGAGAGCGGCAGACUUGGUAGAAGCGCUCUACGGGAUGCCACACAAUAACCAGGAGAUGAUUUUGAAGCGGGCAGCUGACAUGGCAGAGGUGUUGUAUACGACGGUGCCACGCGGCCACAACCAGCUGUUAGGCAGCAGCUCCGUCCACGCCAGCAUGAUGGCCGUCAACUCCUUCCCCGGAUCAGAGGUCACACAGACAGCCAAUCAGGGUUACAGUAGGAGUAGCAGCAGUGCAUCUCCUCAUGGUUAUGUCCCCAGCACCACUCCACAGCAGACCAGCUACAGCUCUGUUUCCACUAGCAUGAACGGCUACACUGACUCUGGCAUGACCACGCUAGGAACCUCACCCAACUUCCUCAACGGGUCAGCCGCCAACUCACCCUACGCUAUCGUUCCCUCCAGUCCCAUCAUGGCCUCCACCACCAAUCUUCCCUCUAAUUGCAGUAGUUCUUCGGGCAUCUUCUCCUUCUCUCCGGCCAACAUGGUGUCUGCUGCAGUCAAACAGAAGAGCGCCUUCGCCCCCGUCGUACGGCCGCAGACCUCCCCUCCACUCACCUGCACCAACACUAUUGCUAACGGACUGCAAGUAGAUCAGUCCUUUGUGGACUCCCCCUCCAGCUCUCUUCAGGGUCUGGCCUUCUCCUGAAGUAUGUAGGUGAUUCCUGGGAUGAUUGAUCCAUCCAUGUAGAUCUGUGAACGUUGAGGAUUCGGGAAUGUUGACAGGGAGAGAACCUGUCUGACGUGUCCCUGUGUCACACUCCAACCCUCUGGACCUGAAUAGAACACUGAACUCUCAAUUGUUAAACUCAGGCCUUUAUAGAAGGAAUCUCAUUGGAAGGAAGAAGGAGGAAGAAAACAACAAACAUAACAUUUGUUGAUGUCAUUUCCUUCCUGGUGAAUUUGUGAACCUUCUCAGACACACAUUGGAGUCGAAUAAUAUGGUUAUUUAAAUUGAAUUUAAUCGAACUGAAUUGAAUCAAACUGAAUUGAAUGUAAUUUAAUUGAGGAAGGAAUGUAAGAUGUCUCAUGACCGUGUCCACAUCACAAAUGAGUGACAAUAUUACUGACCUCAUGACAAAAGCAUUUAUUUGUAUGCGUAUUUAUUGGUAUAAUGUUUAAGUUAUAUUGUUUAAGAUCUAUUGUAUGCCUUCCUACAGACUGUGACACAUUCACAUAGCACUGAAGCUGAUUGGCUAUAAGGGUUUGUGUAAGUAGAUAGCUCUGACAUGACUGGAUAGGAGUUAACAUGUGUUGUAACUAAGCUGUCUUGUAUCAGUUUACAUUUAGUAACUGUAAACAAACACUGUAUAGCCUCGAACACAGUUCAAAUGAUAAUGGCCAUAUCAUGAUGCAUCCAUAGUCAUGUGUAGGAAUUUGAGAGUGGUUACAUUUCCCCAUCUCUCAGCUUUUUACUAAAACACAAGGAUUCAAACACACAGAGCUGAAAGAUAACUUCUACAAUUUUGACAAAGAUUUUUGCUGCUAACUUAUCACAGAAAUAUAAUAUGAGAUGUGCAAUUCUCUUUUAAUUUCAAUCAGAAAACACAUUUGAUGAAAUAUCAGAUUAGAAUGACAAUUGAUGUAACAUAUUUGUGUCUAUAAAUAUAAAAAUUAUGGGUUUAUUAUUUGAUUUAUUUGACUUUGUUUUUACCAAAGUUAUACUUCUAAAUAUAAUAUAAACAUUAAUAUGUCUUAAGGCAGCUCUCGACACAGAUGGUCAUUUCACUGUCAAGCUCUCAUCAUCUAUACUUUGCAAAAAUGAGAAUCACGGAUUUGGAUACAAAACAGGGAUUUCUGUAUAAAGUUCUCAUUGAAAUAAUGUAUUUAUCUUUUGGAUGUGUACAUUUUGCAUUGCUUCUUGACCUAAAUUCUAGCUUGUUCUGUGUUAGUUUAUAAGUGUCUAGAGUUAUGUUUUGUCACCCACUAUGUAAAUGUGAUCUCACAGGUUUUAUUUUGUAUCUGUAUUGGUGCUGUAUUGUCUAGACAUGUUUCCAUUUGUUUUUUCUCAUCCCAAAAUGUUAUCUAUUCUUUAUUUUAUUUUGUAGGUUAAUAAAAGUAGAGUUUUUCCUGA